AUGUUCUCCUGGCUCUCCAGUGACAACCCACCUUGGGCGUUGCGAUGGCGCUCAAAACGAACUUUUAUCAUCGCCACAGUGGCCAUUGGUCUCUUCACUGAUUUGUUCCUUUACGGUCUUGUUGUCCCAGUGCUUCCGUUCAUGCUCAAAGAGCGGCUCGACAUCCCGGACGAAGACGUCCAAACUUAUGUCUCUGGGCUACUGGCAGCUUACGCCGGAGCUUCUGUCCUCUUCUCCAUACCUGCCGGCUGGGUCGCCGACCGCACAAACUCACGCCAGGCGCCCUUUCUUUGUGGGCUCACAGCGCUACUACUUGCCACUAUCAUGCUUGCCGUGGGACGGAGCAUUGGCGUGCUCGUCGUGGCGAGAAUCCUUCAGGGGAUCAGCGCUGCUGUUGUCUGGACGAUCGGCCUGGCCAUGGUGCUCGACACGGUCGGGGCAGAAAACUUGGGCAAGGUGAUCGGCUCGAUCUUCUCGUUCAUUUCCGUUGGGGAGCUUCUGGCGCCCGUUCUAGGUGGUGUGCUGUACGACAAGAUAGGCUAUAGAGGAGUAUUUGGUGUGGCUUCCGCCGUCCUUGCGCUAGACUUUGUUAUGCGGCUGCUCAUCAUUGAGCGUAAGACAGCCAUUAAGUACGAUCCGUCUCUGGACGACGGUCACUCAAACCCUCGUGACUUUGAUACGAGGGGCCAGAGUGUCGAGGAUGACAGUACCAUCAACGGCGAUCCUUCCCGGCCGGACGAGGAGAGUGCUCUCCUACUAAAAAGUGAUGACGAUGACGACGAAAAGUACAAGAUCCACGGCGAGCCUGGCCGAAUCGUCCGCGCGCUGCCCCUUCUCUAUUGCUUCCGCAACCCACGGCUCCCCAUGGCCCUCUCCCUUGCCUUUGUUCAGGCAUCACUUCUUUCCGUCUUCGCCGCAACCAUCCCUACAGAAGCUAAAGACCUCCUGGGCUUCUCGUCCCUGGAAGCGGGCUUACUCUUCAUCGCCCUCGACAUUCCAUACUUGAUCCUAGGACCGGUGGCAGGAUGGGCAGUGGACAAGUACGGCACAAAGCCUGCUGCGGUGAUUGGCUUUGGCUAUCUCGUCCCGACGCUCGCCCUUCUGCGCAUACCGAGCGAAGCCGCCGAGGCAUCGAGCGCACAGCACACCACUCGACUGUUCUGCGCCAUGCUGGCCCUCAACGGUAUCGGCCUGGCCAUCAUCGGGUCCCCGAGCAUUGUCGAGGCCAGCGACAUUGUGCAGCGCUACGACAAGGCGAACCCGGGCUUCUUCGGCGCCAAUGGGCCCUAUGCACAGCUCUAUGGCUUCAACUCGGUCUUCUUCUGCUCCGGGCUGGCCCUUGGCCCCCUCGUGGCUGGCGUUCUCAGGGAUAACAUUGGAUAUGGCAAUAUGAAUGCCGUCUUUGCGACGCUGGCUGGUAUUACGGCUGUGCUAUCGUUCUGGUUUAUUGGACCAAGGCCGAGGCUCUUCCAUGGGAAGGGGAGAGAAUAA